CGAAUUCUCCGACAUCUUUACUAUCCAUCCAUGUACUCAAGAGAAGACUCGGUCAUAGACGCAUGUGAGGGCACCUAUGCCUGGAUCCUGGAAGAGACUGCGGACAGGGACGAUGGGAAUGCAUUGGCCAACUGGUUACGUAAAGACAGUGGCGUCUUCCACAUCUCUGGCCGACCAGGGACAGGCAAAUCAACGUUGAUGAAAUUGCUGCUCAGGCAUCCGAGGACUAUGCGAGAGCUUGAAACGUGGGCAGGUGAUGGCGGAUCGAAACUUGUUUUUGGUCACUUCUUCUUCUGGAACUCUGGUGAUGAGCCCCAGCGAUCGUGGGACGGCCUCUACCGUUCCCUCCUCUUCGAAACCCUCAGAAAGUGCCCCGAUCUCAUACCAACGGUCUUCCCAAGGCCGUACAAGGCGUUCUCAAGAAGUGGAUUCCAAGACAGUAUGGAUGGGAUAUACUUUCGGCGGGAUGACUAUGUCGAUGCAUUUAAUCGGCUCGUCUCAACCUCACCGGGCCCCGAAUAUCGGUUGUGCUUCUUCAUCGACGGUCUUGACGAAAUCGGCGCCCAGGACAGCUUCGUGUAUCAGACGCUUGCUGACAGUCUCGUAACUGGGUCGUCGAGCGAGAAUGUUAAGAUACUUGCAACCUCGCGUCCUUACUUUCAAUUUCAGGACUCCAUUUUCUCUUCCCAACGUCUUCGACUCGACGAGCUGACAUCCCAUGACAUUCGAGUAUUUGGGCUUAACACGUUCAAAAAGCGGAAGCGUCUUACCGACGAGAUCCAGUCUGCAUAUCCAGCCUUGGUUGAAAGAGUUGUUGAUAAGGCGGAAGGGGUUUUCCUGUGGGCCCAUUUGGUCGUCAAUUCUCUUAUACGCCUGGUUUGCAGUACCAACCGCUGGCGGCACUCGAGAGACGGCUGGACGAGAGUCCACAAGAUCUUACCAAUCUAUACACCCAUAUACUCGUGA